UUUCCCCCUAUUCCGCCUACGUUCCAAGAUGAAUACAAAGAAGCGCAAGUUCAACGAGCUCUUAUUCUGGAGAAGGUAGCACUAUCUAUCCUCGCUUUUUUUUUUAAUGAGGAGAGCAUUCCUCACAGGCAACUUUUUGGGAGCGCCCAAAUACUACGAUUACGAGAACAAAAAGUGGAAGUGAUUACUGCAUAGGA